AUGGUUGCAACAGGAAUUGGAAUAGCUGCUCAACUUCCUUACAUCAAAGCGUUGCUUGACGGUCAUGAUCGCGCAGAAGUUUGUACUCAGAAAAUAUCUCUUGUCUGGCAGUUAGACAAAAUUGGCGACUGGGAGAGUGCCCGAGACUGGUUACAAACUUUAGUGGAGCAGGACAAUGGUCGAAUGCUCCACGUCACAGUUUACGACACACUUACUUCCGGAGCCAGUGAUUCCAUCCUUCAAAUUGGACAAAAUAACCUUAUUAAGAUUCAUAAUGGCCUCAUAAACUGGGAAAACCAGCUUGAGUCCGAAAUACAGAAUCAGAUUGGCAGUCUUUUGGUCACUGGUAAGAUUUAG